AUGGCAGGCAGCUCUGCUCCUUGGAUCGGCAGCGCUUAUCUCUUCCUCCAGUCCACAUGCAAGACUAUUGUUCUGCCGUCUCUCUACGAAAGCUCCCAGACGAAACCUAAUGUGUUCAAGGCACUGAAGCUGGCUUUAGCAGACUCCACCGGCAGCGUGAAUGGUGUGGAGGUGCUCAAAGUGCACUGCAGCCACCCGCACCUGAUAGUCCAGCUCAAGUUCUGCAAGCAGGAGAACUGCCGCCGGUUCCUGCGGAGUUACCGGGAAGGAGCGCUGCAGCAGUCCCUCCAGAAUCACCUCCAGCUCUCCUUGGCCAUGACCACGGUGCCUCUUGAAAUGGAGCUGAAGGCUGGCAAGGGGCACCUCGACAGCAUGCUGAAGGAUGAGGAUGGCUGCCUGGAGUGCAUCUACAGAGAAAAGCCUGACCGACUGCGGGAUGAGGAAAUCGCAGAGCUGGAGGAAUGCCUCAAGAGCCUCCUUGUUCACCAGAGCAUCAACAACAAUACAGCUGUAAAAGACUGUGCGUCUCUGACCUCCUCAUCUCUACCUUACCCAUCGCAAGGCAGCUCCCUUUCCUCACAAGUCACCUUCCUCUUUCAGGGACAAGAGUUCGCCAACAGAACGCUCACGCCUGAUGACCACCAGAAAUUUGCCAAGCUCGUGUCCAAGAAAUGGAAGCAAGUGGGUCGCUCUUUGCAGAAGAGCUGCCGGGCCCUGCGUGAUCCUGUCAUCGACAACCUGGCACUCGAGUAUGACCGGGAGGGACUGUACGAACAAGCCUAUCAGCUGCUUCUCAGGUUUAUCCAGUCGGAGGGGAAGAAGGCCACGAUAGCACGCCUGAUCGCAGCCCUGGAAGAAAACGGUCUCCUCAGCUUGGCUGAGGAGCUCUUGGGCCUCCAUGCCAACGAGGACUGCUCCUAG